AUAUCUUGUUUGCCCGACUAGCGCUGCAAACUAUUCCUGAAGACCUAGACCUUCGAGAUGAUAGUCUACUUAAAAAUUUAGACAUUAGAUGCAUACGAAGUCUUAACGGUUGCAGGGUAACCGAUGAAAUUCUCCAUCUAGUACCAAACAUUGACAAUUUCAGGUUAACACUGAGAGCUAUCAAACUGUGGGCCAAACGGCACAACAUCUAUUCCAAUAUACUAGGUUUCCUUGGUGGAGUUUCCUGGGCUAUGCUAGUAGCAAGAACUUGCCAGCUUUAUCCAAAUGCAAUAGCAUCAACUCUUGUACAUAAAUUUUUCUUGGUAUUUUCUAAAUGGGAAUGGCCAAAUCCAGUGCUAUUGAAACAGCCAGAAGAAUGCAAUCUUAAUUUGCCUGUAUGGGACCCAAGGGUAAAUCCCAGUGAUAGGUACCAUCUUAUGCCUAUAAUUACACCAGCAUACCCCCAGCAGAAUUCAACCUACAAUGUGUCCGUUUCUACCCGCAUGGUCAUGGUUGAAGAAUUUAAACAAGGUCUUGCUAUCACAGAUGAAAUUUUGCUGAGUAAGGCUGAGUGGUCCAAACUCUUUGAAGCUCCAAACUUCUUUCAGAAGUACAAGCAUUAUAUUGUACUUCUAGCAAGUGCACCAACAGAAAAACAGCGACUGGAAUGGGUUGGCUUGGUCGAGUCCAAAAUCCGUAUUCUGGUUGGAAGCUUGGAAAAGAAUGAAUUCAUCACACUGGCUCAUGUAAAUCCUCAGUCAUUCCCAGCACCCAAGGAAAAUCCUGACAAGGAAGAGUUUCGUACAAUGUGGGUGAUUGGGCUGGUGUUCAAGAGAACUGAGAAUUCUGAAAAUCUGAGUGUUGAUCUUACAUUUGACAUUCAGUCCUUCACUGACACUGUUUAUAGGCAAGCAAUAAACAGCAAGAUGUUUGAGAUGGAUAUGAAAAUUGCUGCAAUGCAUGUUAAAAGAAGGCAACUUCACCAACUGCUACCUAGUCAUGUCCUUCAGAAGAAGAAAAAGCAUUCAACAGAAGGGGUCAGGCUGACAGCGCUGAAUGACAGCAGUCUAGACUUAUCUAUGGAUAGUGAUAACAGCACGUCUGUGCCUUCUCCUACAAAUGCUAUGAAGACAAGUCCACUGAAUAGUUCUGGAAGUUCUCAGGGCAGAAGCAGUCCUGCUCCAGCUGUGACGGCAGCAUCUGUGACCAGCGUACAGACUUCUGAAGUCAACGUGCCACAAACAAAUUCCUGUGAAAGCUCAGGGGGUACUUCAAGUGAAAGCAUUCCUCAAACUGCCACACAGCCAGCCAUCUCUCCGCCACCAAAGCCUACCAUCCCUAGAGUUCCUUCAACUCGUCUUGUAAACCAGGCACCAAGACCUUCGGGAAACACUGCAACAAAUAGCCUGAAGAGAACAUCGUCUCCUCAUAAAGAAGAGUCUCCCAAAAAAAUUAAAACUGAACAGGAUGAGGUGAAUGAUGAUGCCAGUUGUGUUGAAAUGAGCGAUCAUGACAAAAUGGAAGCCAAGGAACUACUUGAUACAGAAUUGGAUACUGCUUCUCAAACUGAAUCUCUUCAAACAGUAUCUCUGCAAGCUCCUCAGAAAAUGCCCAGUACAGACCUUUCAGAUAUCCCUGCUCUCCCUGCAAAUCCUAUUCCGGUUAUCAAAAAUUCAAUAAAACUAAGAUUGAAUCGGUAAAACCAACCUCAGGGGUCCAUAAACAGUAUCUGCCAAUUCAACCCGUUGUCUUCUAACACUGAAAUGGAGAACAGAAGAAGGGUGCAAGACAAGAAUGUGAACACAGAUGGAUUUAGGUAUAAUUUGUGCACUUCCCUUGCUGGGCUCUAAUCACUUGAUCUGGGACAUCCAGGUUAAUAUGUGAAGCCAGGAGUACUGUUAACGUGUUAGCAACAGUUGCAUUAAAUACUUCCAAGGAUUACUGCCUUUAAAAAAGGAAUGGGGAUACUAUUUCUAGCCAUAUUUAACUGAAUUGGGUUUAUGUUGAUGCAUCGUUUGGAAAGGAAAAACAACAAAAUGGAGAUAAAAACUGGCAAAAGAAUCCCUUAAAUGCACUUUUAUGUACUUUUUUAUUGGGAUAUAACUAAUUUUAGCGCUUUGGCUUGAUAGAUUUUAUUUUUAUUGAAGAGAUUCUUCAAUAUUGGUGACCUUCAAAUUAGAGAACAGCCAGAUAUAUUGUGUACUGAAGGUUUUUUAAAAAAGGUAUACACUAUAUCUUGCUCAGUUUACCAUUAAGCAGCAGUAAACCUUUAAAAGAAAAUGUCAAACCUUGAGGUUGUUAAGUUUUGAGAAAACACACAUAUUGGGUAUUGGAUAGGGCAUGAUUAAGAAGUGGUCUAUUUUUUAUUUAUCGGAUUAUUUUAUGGUGUAUACAAAUCAGCUAUCAAAAAGCAAUUUCCCCCCCUUUGAAUGAAUCAGAAACUCCUCUUUGUUCUUUUCCUGUUUCUGUCACCAUAUUUCUUGGAGGGGGGAAAAAAACUUUUGCAUUUAACUUGGUUUUAUUUCAGUUUGUAUGCACAAAAUCAGACUAAUGUCAGUUGAAUGCUGGUAUUUUUUUUCCUUUUAACUGGUCGUGAUGGUUACGUAAGCCCUGUAACUCUGUGGCCCUGUGGCAAAUGCCACUUUUCUCCCCCAUAACUGAAACUGAGUGAAUAAAGUGUGCCUGUGAAGGAGCAGAACACCUGUCUUGAUGGCCUUUCGUCACUAAAUAUAAGAGUUUUGUACACUCCAUAAAAAGUCCUGUCUGCAUUAACGAACAUCUCAGAUUUUAAAUAUAAAGGUAGAUCUCCCCCACCCCACCCCAGGAUUUUAACCGUUUUUAUUUUUUAAGAUAGCUCGUCCGAAAGUAGUUUUACAUUCUGAGUGUUUAUUUUUUUUAAUCACAUUCUAGCAGGCACUUAAAGAUCCAAUAAGUUCUCCCGGUGUCUUCGUUUUGUUCUGUAGAGCUAUCAAAAUGAUUA